AUGUGCAGCCUCAACGGCCAGCUGGGCUGCAAGAAGACAUGGCAACUGCUGCGAUCCCUGCUGGAUCCCGCCAACACCAAGUCGGCGGCACGCAAGAAGCUGACGCAACUAAUACACCAAUACCCUGGCACCGACGAGGAGCUGCUGGCAGAGCUCGCCAGCCGGUACAUCAACACCUCGAGACAGAGCGACGCGCACAUGCCACACCAUCUCCCAAUGAACAGCUGGAUGCUGAUAUUUCGGAGGCAGAGGUUUACGCUGCGCUGCACAAGCUGCGCACGACACAGUGGUACGAGCACGAAAGCUCUACUAAGCCUGGACGUCCAUGAGGCUUUUGAUCACGUGAUCCACGCGGCCGUGCUUGAGAGUUUAGCCUACUUACAACCUGGAGAACGAACCUGCAACUACAUCAGGUCGUUUCUCACAGACAGGAUGAUCGAGAUCGCGGUCGGGGACCUGCGCUUGCCUGUAAUCCGGCUCGGGGACAGAGGCACGCCGCAAGGCGCACCCUUGUCACCAUUCCUAUUCCACUUAGCAAUGCGCACCCUGCCUCCGAAACUGAAUGAAGUCCCGGGACUCAGACACACGCUAUACGCCGACGACAUCACGCUCUGGACGUGUGAAGGGUCGGACGGCACAGCUGAAAUGCUCCAACAUGCCACCGACAUCGUCUUGCAACACGUGAACGCAGCGAGACUAGAGUGCUCCCAGCACAAGUCGGAACUCCUGAUGCGGCCACCAAAUCGAAGCCAGCACAAGUCACACCCACCUCCCAUUGCGUUAAGCGUAAACCGGCAGCCAGUCACCCACGUCGAGCACAUGCGAGUACUAAGCAUGACACUAUAG